UAAGAAGGAGGGCCACUGACUUAUUAGACACGUUCAUCUCUAACCUGGUGUGAUUUUCUUCUCAAAUACACUGAAACGUACUCGGGAGACUCUUCAUCAUGGAGAAGAUCACCGACAAGAUCGCCGCUUUGCCGGCCGAUUCGAAUUAUUUCUCUCUCGAAUUCUUCCCUCCCAAGACCGCAAUGGGUUUUUCGAACCUACGCGACCGACUCGACCGAAUGGCACGAGCCUUGCGGCCCUUAUUCGUGAAUGUAACAUGGGGUGCCGGUGGAUCUACCGCUACAAAAUCACUCGAACUCGCCGAAAUAUGUCAAAGGGAACUGAACCUGACAACAUGCCUACACUUAACGUGUACGAACAUGAGCCGGAAAAUGAUUGAUAGGGCAUUAGAAGACGCGAAGGCGCUGGGUAUUAGGAAUAUCCUGGCCCUAAGGGGUGAUCCCCCGAGAGCUGCAGAAUAUCAAGAUCCGAACGAGAACCCCGAAGAUGCUAUAGAUGAGAAUUUUACAUGGGCGAUUGAUUUGGUGCGAUAUAUCAAGAAGACACACGGAGAUUACUUCUGCAUUGGUGUUGCAACAUACCCCGAAGGUCAUGCAGAUGAGAGCCACCCCUUAGGUCAAAGUCUAGAACAUGACCUCCCUUACCUAGUCGAGAAGACACUUGCAGGGGCUGAUUUCCUCAUGACUCAGCUGUUCUUUGACACUGAAGCUUAUGACAAUUUCGAAAGGACUUUGAGAAACCACCCCAGUGGUGCUUUCAAGACAAUCCCAAUAAUCCCAGGAUUGAUGCCCAUCCAGAGUUACCAAAUGAUCAAGAGGACGACGAAGUUGAGUCAUGCUAGGAUACCCGAUGCAGUUAUGUCCCGACUAGAUGCGGUGAAGAUGGAUGAUGAGAAGGUGAAAAGCGUCGGUGUAGACAUUUUAUGUGAGAUUGUCGAAAGUGUUAAGGAGAUAUCUGGUAGAACACCUGGCCCCAGGGGCUUCCACUUCUACACUUUGAACCUCGAAAAGGCCGUGUCGUUCAUCGUCGAAAGGACAAACCUUAUACGCCCUAGCACCCCCAUAGAGGAAGAAGCUGUUGUGGAAGAGAUUACAUCUAAGAUACCGACACUUCAAGUUAAUGGAUCAGAAGAUCACGAAGUGCUGCUCCCCCAAUCCAGAGAGCAGUCUCGAAGUCGAAGGCAGUCGAACGUUGGCUCAGAACCCCGUAAUCGGGUUAUUAUUUCCGGGCGAUCAGUAUCGUAUCCAGAAUAUGAAGCUACGUCGGCAGAAGCCAGUAUACCGGCAGAGCCAAUCAACAGCCGGGCGAAUACCUUGGCGAUAUCGGAAGGGGAGGGUGUACUUGGUCGAGAAGCUACGUGGGACGACUUCCCCAACGGUAGAUGGGGUGACGCUAGAUCGCCAGCUUACGGUGAGAUUGAUGGGUACGGGCCUAGUCUGCACGUCUCCCACGCUCAAGCCGUCAGUCUCUGGGGUUAUCCUACUAAGUUAGAGGAUGUCAACGAAUUAUUUGUGCGACAUCUUAAGGGGGAACUGUCGGCGAUCCCAUGGAGCGAGGAGGAAUUUAAUGAGGAGACGAGGAUCAUCACAGAAAAGCUCAUACGACUCAACUCGAAGGGCUGGUGGACGGUAGCAUCGCAGCCUACUGUGAACGGACUGCGUUCUUCGGAUCCUAUUUUUGGAUGGGGACCGCAGCAAGGAUUUGUGUUCCAAAAGGCGUUCGUCGAAUUCUUUAUCCCUUCAUCAGCGUGGAAGAUUCUCCUCGAGAAACUCCAGAGCUCAGAGGUACAGAAUACAGUGUGCUUCUACGCAGCGAAUGCUGCCGGGGAUUUCCUCUCCUCGGAUCUGACCGGUGGACUAGCCGGCGAAGCAGUGAAGGAAUCAAGCACGAACGCAGUGACAUGGGGUGUAUUUCCAGGAAAGGAAAUCAUCACACCUACAAUCAUAGAGGAAGUGAGCUUCAGGGCUUGGAGCGAGGAGGCGUUUGGCAUUUUUGCGGAGUGGGCACAGGUUUACGGAAAAGGCUCGGAAAGCGAAAAAUUGCUGGAAAAGGCACGGGCGGACUCGUGGUUGGUUAAUAUCAUUCAUCAUGAUUAUGUGGAGAAGGAUGCACUGUGGGACUUGCUUCUAGAAUGAAAAGGACUAGAAAAGAAAACGCGUGGUAUUCAUAUUGAGAU